UCAUGCCAGAACCGUGAGCAGUUUACUCCUGCCGUCUCAAACGCUGAGGUACCGCGAAUUGGCUAGACGAUUUCCCCAUCUGCGUGGCCUCCCUGUAGAAGAAUACGAACUUGCUCAACCAAAGUUGCUGAUCGGGCUGGACAACCUUCACCUAUGUGUUCCGCUCAAAAUUAGGGAAGGGGGCCCGAAUGAUCCAAUCGCUGCCAAGUGUCGUUUGGGAUGGAGUAUAUACGGGAGCAUACCGUUCCAUACACGUACAGAAGCUUUGAAUGAACAGAUGCGCGAUUACUUCACUAUGGAGAAUGCUGGGGUUUCUGCUCCGUGCAACAAACUCGAGUCCGAAGAGGAUAAGCGGGCAAUCCAAAUCCUGCAAGAAUCAACACGCCGCACGGGAGAAGUAUCUCGUUUUGAGACGGGGUUGUUGUGGAAGUUUGACGAUCCUGACUUCCCUGACAGUUAUCCGAUGGCAGUUCGCCGUCUGGAGUCAUUAGAACGGAAAUUUGAAGCGAAUCCAUGUUUGGCGGAGCAAGUACGCAACCAGAUAGCUGACUACGAGCGCAAAGGCUAUGCGCACAAGGCCUCUCUUACGGAGCUGACGUCCAUACCGGCAAACCGGGUGUGGUACCUACCUCUAGGAGUCGUAACCAGUCUGAAGAAACCUGGCAAGAUCAGAUUAAUCUGGGAUGCAGCAGCAAAAAUAGGUGAAGAUUCGUUCAACUCCAAACUUCUGAAAGGACCGGACCUGUUAACGCCACUUCCGAAGGUUCUAUGCCAAUUCCGGCAGUUUCCAGUGGCAGUGUCUGGAGAUCUGAUGGAGAUGUUCCACCAAUUAGGAAUCCGGUAUCCGGACUGCUUAUCUCAGCGAUUUGUGUUCCGCGAUAGACCUUCCGACUACCCGCAAGUCUAUAUCAUGGACGUGGCCACGUUUGGAUCGACUUGUUCUCCAGCGUCGGCACAAUAUGUGAAGAAUCUGAAUGCCCAAGAAUUCUCCAACAAAUUUCCCCGUGCUGCUGAAGCCAUAAUCAAUAAGCACUACGUCGACGAUUAUCUAGAUAGCUUUCGAACAGUCCAAGAAGCGAUAGAUGUGGUGAAUGAGGUGAAGAUGGUGCAUUCGAUGGGAGGAUUCACGCUACGACACUUCCUAUCCAAUGAAGUGGAUGUUCUGCGUGGGAUCGGUGAAGUUGCAGCAGAUGAAAGCAAGAAUUUGUUACUGGAGAGAGGAGGAUAUGUCGAAUCAGUGCUUGGGAUGCAAUGGUUGCCAGAAGACGAUGUUUUCACCUAUUCCUUCGUCAGACAUGUCCCUACGAAGCGCGAAGUAGUUAAAGUGGUGAUGACCUUGUUCGAUCCACUAGGACUUAUUUCGUUUUUCCUCGUUCAUGGCAAAAUCCUGAUUCAGGAUAUUUGGGCCAGAGGUACAGAUUGGGACGUUACCAUUCCCAACGACCUGUACGAACGCUGGCGUACCUGGACGAGCCUUUUUCCGACGCUCGAUCUGCUUCGUAUUCCGAGAUGUUACUUCCGGUCAGCGCUUCCGGAAAAUGUUGAUGGCCUGGAGAUUCAUAUGUUCUGCGAUGCCAGCGAAGCAGCGUUCUCAUGUGCCGCUUACUUUCGCGCAGAAAUAGAUGGAGAAAUACAAGUGGCGUUCAGCGGUUCCAAAACAAAGGUCGCUCCACUCAAAACCCUUUCCAUUCCUCGACUUGAACUAAACGCCGCCGUGCUUGGGACCCGUCUGUUGGAGACUCUUCAGAACCAUCAUAGCAUACCGGUGUCUCGCAGGUUUCUCUGGAGCGAUUCGAGUACCGUAUUGUCAUGGAUUCGUUCCGACCAUCGCCGGUACCAUAAGUUCGUAGCCUUCCGUAUCGGAGAAAUCUUGAUGUCUACAAAUCCGUCGGAGUGGAGAUGGGUUCCCACCAAACUUAACGUUGCCGAUCAAGCAACGAAAUGGAACAACGGACCAUUGCUUUCGUUAGAGAAUCCCUGGUUUCGAGGACCGAGUUUCCUUUUCGAACCAGAGAAAUUAUGGCCAAAACAGCAUCCUUCAACGCCGACGAAAGAAGAACUUCGCCCUGCUACCACGCUCUUGAGUCACCUCACACCGCAGGUGGGUAUCCCGCUUGAAGUUCCUCGAUUCAACUCAUGGACAAAGCUUCAACGAACCGUUGCCUUUGUUUUGCGCUACGUGGACAACUGUUGCCGUAAGAAACACCAAGAAUGUCUGCGGCUAGAUGUCCUCACCCAAGAGGAGCUAAAACGGGCCGAAGAACUUCUGUGGAAGAUCGCUCAGAAGGAAACAUUUGCGGAAGAAAUUUUUAUCCUCGCCGAGUCACAGGGUCCUCCUGAGAAACGACAUCGUAUUGUGCACAAAUCCAGCCCAAUUUACAAGACAUGGCCCUUUAUGGAUGAUCAUGGGAUCCUGAGGAUGCGUGGCAGAAUAGGUGCCGCUCCUUAUGUCCCAACCGAAGCUAAGUUUCCAACGAUUUUGUCGAAAAACCACCCAAUAACAUUCCUAAUCGUAGAUUGGUUCCAUCGCCGCUUCAACCAUGCCAAUCAAGAGACCAUCGUCAACGAGAUCCGCCAACGAUUCGAGAUUUCUAAGCUUAGAUCGCUGGUGGAGAAAGUCUCAAAAAAUUGCGUCUGGUGUCGUGUUUCCAAAGCUGCUCCAAGACCUCCAGCAAUGGCCCCACUACCAAAGAUACGCCUCACUUCAUUCGUUCGACCCUUUUCAUUCGUCGGACUUGACUACUUUGGGCCAGUCUACGUUAGAGUCGGUCGAAGUCUCGCUAAACGAUGGAUUGCCCUGUUCACUUGCCUGACGGUAAGAGCAGUGCACAUGGAGGUGGUGCAUUCUCUGAGCACGGAAUCCUGCAUCAUGGCAGUGCGUCGCUUCGUGUCUCGCCGGGGUCCGCCCAGAGAAUUCUAUUCUGACAAUGGGACGUGCUUCCAAGGUGCAAGUCGGGAGCUCAAAGCAGAAAUCGAGAAUCGAAAUGAAGCCCUAGCGCUUACUUUCACGAGCGCGGAAACCAGCUGGAAAUUCAUCCCACCUGCUGCGCCCCAUAUGGGAGGCGUAUGGGAACGAAUAGUUCGGUCGGUUAAGGUGGCAACUGGGGCAGUUUUGGAUGCCGCUCGUAAGCCCGAUGACGAAGCUCUGGAGACCGUGAUCCUAGAAGCCGAGGCGAUGAUCAAUAGUAGGCCGUUCACUUUCGUACCAUUGGAAUCAGCUGAUCAGGAGGCUUUGACUCCCAAUCAUUUCUUGUUGGGCAGUUCUACUGGGGUCAAAAUUAACCCCACGGCUCCCGUAGAUAGCCGUACUAUACUUAGGAGCAACUGGAAACUGGCGCAGUUCAUCAGUGAAGAAUUCUGGCGGCGAUGGGUGAAAGAAUACUUGCCCGUAAUCACUCGCAGGUGCAAAUGGUUUGAGGGAGAGAAGGAUCUUGAAGUCGGUGACUUAGUGUUGGUGGUCAGUGGAUCCUUAAGGAACCAAUGGCUGAGAGGACGCAUCGAGCAAGUGUUCCCUGGCAAGGACGGGAGAGUACGUCAAGCGCUCGUACGCACUGCAACGGGAUUUCUUCGACGACCAGCUGUGAAACUAGCUGUUUUGGACGUCAUGAACAGUGGUAAACCUGGUUCAACUGCUCCUGGAACUCCAGAAGAUCACCAAGGUUUACGGGCGGGGGAAUGUAACGACGGACCCCCCGUCGCAGCGGCGCCGUGCGCACAGAACGCUGAAUGA